AUGGCCUCCGUAUCAGAUCCAGGGGUUUCAGAAAUGAAACAGGGACCGGUUUCGAUUCCUGUUACUGAAUCCAAAGAUAAAAAAGUCGAUGUUGCGUCGAGUUCCCUUUUGAGUGUCAGGACGAAGGAGGAGGACGACGAUGAGGAGGAGAUGGGGGACGAAUUCAAAUCCGAAGAUUUUGAAAGUGGUGAAACGACCGGCGGACUUGAGGGAUUAAUAGAAACAUUAUCCAAGAUCGUAGUUCAGGCACCACACAACACACCGAGAGAACUGGAAGAUCUCUCGAGAAUUGAAUUUCCUCUCAGUUACAAACAGAAUGAAGAAAAAGAAAAGAAGGUCUUGGAAUAUGCAGACAACUUCCGACGCCAAUAUAUCUACUUAUAUCGUGAUAGGAAACCAUUGUUGCUCUUCCCAAAAAAUGAGUGUGGUGUGGAAAAACUGGUGUGUACAACAAUUCGACCAACCCUGUUUCCUUACCCGGAACUCUACCAGUGGCACACCAUUUCGUUGUUUGUUAGUGAUUAUCUUCAGCCAGAGAUGCUCUACCCUUCAUAUGAACUGCCAGCAACCCUUUUGUCUCCGACAACAGUUCUGAGACGCCAGAGAGGAACUUGUUUUGAAUACUGCACCAUUUUGUGUUCCCUGCUGCUGGGGGCUGGUUACGAUGCUUAUAUUGUCAGUGGUUAUGCGACGUUGCAUGUCUGUUCAGCAGAUGAGACUCUCAAGAUCUGUCCUUACCUGGAGACGGAGGCAGAGGUUGAGCUGCCAGUGCCAGUAAACGUGAUAAAGAAGUAUGCUGUACGACCGCCGAAGGAUUUGACCAGUAAAUUUGAAGCCAAACAAGUGGCUCGAGCUCUGAAAGAGAAGAAGGAAAAUGAAGAAAAAGUUGUUGCUGAAGAACACGCUCGGAUUGCUAAACUUGAAGAGCCAGCCAUUGACUUGAUGCGAGGGAUGCGCGUUCACAGCUGGGUGUUGGUGUUGUCAGGGAUACGAGAAGUGGGCGAGAGUUUCUUCAUUGAACCCUUCACAGGAGAGGCGCAACCACUAAAGACAGACAGCUACCUUGGCAUAGAAUCGGCAUGGAAUCACAAGAAUUACUGGGUUAAUAUGCAAGACUGCUCAAAUGGAAUUUCGAAGAUGCAGUACGAUCUGAAUGAUGGCACCAAUUGGGAAUAUAUAUUUCCUCAAGAUGAACUGCCUUCCAAACGUUUUUUAGAAGAAGAUAUCCGUCUCGAUUUUGAAGAUGACGAGGAUGUUGAAAAAGAUUUUGAAAAAUACCUGGACAUGCCUCCUUCUUGGGUCGCUCCUUUAGAACUGAGUCUCACAGGAACCCGGCUGAAGAUGGUGAAGGAAAUCUUUAAACACCGAAUUGACAAACUUUACCUCAGGGAACGCAACCACGAGACUCAUUGGAUCACAGAAUAUUUCAAACCCGGACGAGAAUGUUCGUUGAAAGAACAUUGCUACAAAUUUGACAGUGCGGGUCCGGAGAGUGACCGGACAAUGAUAUUCUACCAUGAUGCCAGGGUCGAUGGGCUGGAAAAGAGAAUCGAAACAUCAGCUUCUAUGACUGAACAUUUUAUUGGACGUAAAGACUUACUCUGGUACAAGUUCGUUGAGUUUGGCACACGAUUGCUGGUGUUUGCUCCUCAGAUCAAUAGCGAUUUCGAACCAAGACCCAUACAGACCAUCAUCGAACAAUUUCUUCGAAAUCCAGAGAAAGUAGCCAACGAUGACUUUGCCAAGAGGGUUUUCUCACAAGAAAAAAUUUACAUUCAGUACCACAUUGGUGAUCCCAACGUUACAUAUUCUACCCGAGAAUUUAUCAAGUCCAGUAAAUGGACAGACCGUAAUGCCUUGUCCAUUGACUGGUCACCUGAAAUACACACAAACUUCCUGGUAGGUGAAGAGGGCUCUACCAAACGAGAAAUUGAUGUGUACAAUUUUGUAAGGAAGAUGAUAACAGAAGAAUUUGACAGCAGAGAUGAUACCAGGAAAGCUGAAAUGGAGGUGAGAAAGAUUCUAGAAAACCGAAUACAAGAGGAGAGUGUAAAUGACCUCGAAAUUUCUGUUUACGAUACACUACGCAACGAGAAGGCCAAAAUACGAAGGGAAAUACUGAAAGAAAAAGAAGAAAUGGAAGCAAAAAAGAAGAAAGCAACGCUUGAAGUGGAUUACUUGGCACCGUUUUUGGCCCGGAUUGGAGACCCUGAAAGGUUAACUCGGGAAGAGGCGAUCGGUGUGAAAGAAGCCUGCCUGGCCGACCUCAAGAAGAGAAUUGAAGAUAAAGCAAACUUAAUCCAAAUGCGUUUUGAGAAGGAAACCAAAGAAUUGGUGAAAAAACAGGAAUGGUACCAAAAGAAUCAGAUGACGAUGCAGAAAAACGAAGAAGACGAAUAUUUGAAAUAUUGCGAAGAAGCCAUCUUUAGAAUCCAUGUCCUCGAGGUUCGACUCAAUAGGUACAAAGAACUGGCUCCCAUGAAGUACAUGACUUUAGACAAGAAAUUAAAAGGUGAUCCACGACUGAGUCACAUCUUCCGAAAGUCUAAUAGUUAGCCGCACAUGAUGUUGAGAGAAAGACUGUCCAAGAGAAAUUGUGAUGCUAAAACGACUCCGUAGAUUAUUUCUCUUCAAAUAUUUCCAUUUUUUUUUCAUUCUUUUUUUGUUUCGUUUCGAGGAAUCGCCAUGUUUUGUAAUUGAAUGAAAUGUUUCCAAACUUUGCCCAGUUCGCUAAAUAUUUCAUUAUUUCACCACAGUUAACACAACAAUCAUUUUUAUUAGAAACAUGGAUAAAUAAACAUGGUUAUUUACUAUUA